CCAGUCCACAUAAUAUCAUCGCAUACGAUAGAUUUCAAACAAUCAAAAUGGUUGGUGCUUGGUGUAAAUUACUUGGCAGCUUUAUACGCCCAUCACGGUCCAUCAGCUGUAACGUGCUGAAACGGUUCAUCAGCAUCGGCAUCCUGCUACAGAUCAUCGCCAAUUGUGAUUACGGCUUCGGUGCUAUUCGAUCGGUACAGCUAGUGGUAGAUCCUCCGGCAGUGCGUCGUGGACAGCAUGCCACGUUGCGCUGUCUUUACGACCUGGAUGAUUCGCCCCUGUACUCCGUGAAGUUCUAUCGAGGAUUGCGCGAGUUUUACCGUUAUUCACCAGGCCAGCAACCGAGCAAGAAAAUUUUCCCCUUUCCGGGCAUCAAUGUCGACGCGACUAUGUCCGACAACCGACAGGUGGUUAUCAAAAAUGUGGGCUUCGGACUAUCGGGCAAUUUUUCCUGUGAAGUUACAGCGGACGCACCAUCGUUUUCCACCGCCACGGAACACAUCAGUAUGCAAGUAGUGGAACUGCCAGAGAGUGGACCCACCCUAUGGACGGAACAUACCCGGUACGAGCCGGGGGAUGUACUGAGAGCAAACUGCACCUCACAACCGUCGAGACCGAAAGCCGAGCUAACGCUGACACUGAACAAUAUGGUGGUCUACACGUCGCAUGAAGAAACACGAACCACCACGGACAAUCUGAUCUCCAGUAGUCUCACAUUGCGGCUGCACCUUCAAAGCUCACACUUCGGUUCGGGUCUGAUGCCAGGGAUGGGCGGUGCGUCCGGAUCCGGUGGAGCGCUACUAUUGCGAUGUACCGCCACCAUCGGCAAGCUGUACGAACGCUACACCGAGCUCGAGCUGGGCGUUCCCCAGCGGGAUCCAAUACCGGCCAGAGUCACAUCGUCCGGCGGUGCAAGCAUAUUCCCCAGCCCAGUAGGAGGGCUGUCCGGUAGCCAAAAUCUAAGGGCGUUCGUGCUCAUCCUGCUGACACUGGUGCUGCAUAACAACCAGCCCUCAUUAGCCCAAAUCAGUCGACCGCUCGCAUCGCUCGGUGCACUUCUUCGAAGAUAGUUUGCCUCAAUGCCGUGCCAAAGCCGUGCUGCAUUG